AUGGGCAGGGUCACCAUCAGGGUACCCCAGAGCCCUGCAGGGAGUGGCAGGCACGCUGGGUAUGCUCUCCUGGGAGAACGGCGCCCCUUCACGCCUUUCCCCGGUUUCCUCUGCCAGCGCCAGGCAGCUGCGCGCCUGCGGCUUCCUCUGGGUCUGGCCCGGGUGGCUGGCAACCGGGAGAAGAUUCUGGAUGGUUGCUGUGGGCACAGCCAUUCUCUGCCUGCUCUGCUGCUGCGGUUGCAUGCAGUCACUAUCCAGCUGCUUGGCUGCUGUGUUGGGGCCGCGCUGGCAGGGAGAAUGACUGGCAGGCUGCCUAUCACCGUGAGUGGCUUCAGGGAUACCAGAAUAAUUUCUGUUUCUCACCUUGAAAUGACCUGGGCUUUCAGAAGUUAUUUUCCUCCAUUGCUUGUGAGAAUCUUGCAUAAAUCAAUACUGUGAUACUAUGGAAAACCUGAUAAAAAGAUUAUUGAGCCAUACCAGAUAUAUGCCUUUUUGGAAGUUGCUGACAGCUCAGGCACAGUGUCAGUGAUUAUGUGGAAUACCUUGUGUCCUGAGUGGUAUAAACGUUUGCGGGUUGGUUUAGUUCUUCUACUUCAACAUUAUUCUGUUAAAAAGAGUUAUCCAUUCAGGAUGCAGCCUCUUCCUGUGGAUCCACAGAGCAAACGAAUUUCUACAAUCAAAAUCUGCCUGAACCCUCGAGAUCCUCCAACUAAUAUAAUUAUCAUUCCAGAAAAGCAGGUGAAACCAGAAUGGAGAUUGCCAAAAUUAAAUCACCACUUUACCACAAGAUCAGAACUGGAUGAUAUGCCAGAAUAUCAUAUCUGUGAUGUUAUUGGCAUUUUAGUUUUUGUAGAAAGGGUUCAGAGGUCAAAGCAGAAAGAAAACUCUGAAGAUUUUUGGUCAUAUCGUUGGAUUCAUAUUGCUGAUGGGACUUCAGAACAACCAUUUAUAGUGGAGCUGUUUUCUACAUCUCAGCCUGAAAUCUUUGAAAAUAUUUACCCAAUGACAGAUUUCGUGUGUACACAGUUGAAAGUUGUCAGAAAUGACACUCAAGUACCUAAACUGCUUUACCUCACCACUACAAAUGAAAGUCAGAUAUUUAUUAUUGGUCAUAAAAGCCGGCCGUAUUCCAACGAUACCAAGGUAAAAAACUUCCUUCAGUGGAGUAAAGAAAAGACUGAUUCCGGGGAAAUGAAGAAUACGAUUAUUGGUGUAUAUUACCCCUAUCCACCAGUGCCAGAGACAUUUUUGAAAUAUAAGAGUUCUUCUUUUUCAGUUGAGUCACUCUUCACAGCUUUAAAUGAAUUGAGGAGGGACAUAAAAGACUUGCAGUAUAGGGAACAAAAGCGCAUUGCAAUUCAGGGGAUAAUUACUGUUAUAAAGUAUGUUCCCACUAACUGUGCUACUGAAAGUGCCUCAGCAUCAGAAACAUUUCGAAAUGCCAGCCAGCCCUCAACAUCCCAAGCAGCUGGAAAAGAAAGUCAGACUCGGGAAAGAUGUGAUAAACGGCAUCAAGAUGAUGAUCCUGUGAAUUCUCAGUGUCCCAUAGAAAUUUUAAUAAAGUGUGAUUUUUCUAUAACAGGUCUGAACCAUAAGAUAGCAAUUAAUGUUGUAUUCCUACCCAUGUAUUGUCCAGAAGAUCUCCAAACGUCACAUAUAGACACGUUAUUAACCUGCAUGAAUUACAGCUGUGUGUAUCCACAGGCAGAAACUGGCCGUGGCAGAUUGCCACAUUCAAGAGCUCUUGCAGGUGAUGUUAUAAAAGCAGCAAGUAAACUGGAUAGACUGCAUGUCAUUGCGAUCUUGGAUAUUAAUUUGGGUAACAAUAAAGUAAAAGUCUAUUUGCAUAAAAUUUAUAGUCCAGAUAAUACUUCUUAAAAAUUGGAAAAUGAAGUUAUUACAGGUUAUAAAGAAGGCACAGCUUUAAAGAUAUUCUAUCAUUUUGUUUGUAAUUUCAAUAACUGUCUCUCAGCAAGAAUAUUACAUAAGCUCUAAAGUUAAAUGGUUUUAUGUUUACGUUGUAUUUGAGCUAACAUACUUCAUUUUAAAUUCAUUACUGAAAAGGUCAUCAAAACAAUUUUUGUGUAUCAGGAAAAUUUAGUGAUAAUUUGUGUUUACUGUUCUAUUUGUGAAGUAUACCUUUAUUCUAAAGCCUCAGCAUUAGACAUCCUGGCUACAAGAGUAACUUUUCGUAGACAUUUAACAUCCUUCCACUUUUAUUCACUUAUAAUGGGAAAUGUUGAAUUGCUAAUUGAAGAUUAAAUUCUCCUAAAUUGGUUAACCUGCUUUGUCACAAAUAAGGUAGUUUCUGUUAUUUUCAAAAACACCCAUGGGUUGUUAUGGUCCAAUUGUUGUGGUCUUUAUUUUGGUCAGCUGUACAAUGAGUGUGCUAACUUGAAUUGUUUUAAGGCUUUCCACUCCCUAUUUUGGCUUCAUAUCCUUUGAAUUUCUAAGUGUUUUGACCAGUGUGUGGUCUCAAAGCCAGAGGUUACAGUAUGUCUAUAUUCUUGGUAUGUUCAUUUGUAAUUCUGGUACAUGUAAUGUGAGUUUAGUGAAAUUUUAUCUCAUAUUAACAUUUUAAGUGCUUAUUUUGGAAGUAUAAAACAGAAACUAAGGGAAUUGGUUUUAUUCUGGUUGUCUGUUAUACUUUAUUUUAACUAUAAAUGGCUAUUCCAUAUUUGCAAGGCCCUGUGGUUGACAUCUGUGGUCAAUUAGAUAAGCCAAAAAGACCAUCACGAGUUAAAAGUUAUUCUGUAUCAAGAUGAAUCUGAUUGUAGUUAAGCCAUUAACUUGUGGGGUUUCCUUCUAGCCCCAUGGUCUGUGACUUCAUCUGCUAUACAUUUUAAAUGUAUUGGGCAGCUUACAUACCUAAAGAGAGAUGCUGAAGUUGUUUGUAAAUGUAUUCAAUCUUUUGUUCUUUAUAAUUGGGUUUAAAUGUUAAUUAAAAUAGUGAAUCCUCAUGUUAAAAUUUUGAGUGUAAUAUUGAAGAAGUUAAAGCACAAUAACUUUUUUGGUCUCCUGUCUUAUUUUGAAUGUACUUGAUGUCUUUACUCCAUAUUUCUGGAUUAUGAGAGACGUACAUGUACUUGUUAAAGAAACCAAUAUGAUUCUUCAUAUGGGUUGAGGACUGUUUAAGUGAAAUCUGGGUUUUUGUAUUAAGCUAUUAUAAAUUUUAAAAGGCAAUUCAUUAUGA